AUGCGAGGGAGGAGUGCUAGUGGGACGGGCCGGACUCGGCCCCCCACACUAGCGGUUGUUGAGGAGGAGGACGACCAGACAGCACCUCCAGAGGUGGCUGAGGCGCAAGAGGGUGUGCAGCCAGCUCCAGCACCUCGUAGACCUCGAGCUCGGCGCCAGCCUGUUGAGGGGGAAGUAUUGGAUGCCACUGGCAGAAUCCGAGUCAUCCCCAACGCACAGAGGACCAGGUUGCUCGAUACAAGCACGGUAUCUAGAGAGUUGCGGGAAAUCUUCCAGAAAAAAUUCUUCUGGGAGGACGAAUUCGAGGAACGAGUCAUCCGAAGUACUUUCGAGAAGCAUGCUGCGAACCGGUAUUCUGACAGGUUGUCCACUUACAAGACUUCUCGUGAGAGAGACGUGUCUAUUACAGACGACGUGUGGCAGGCUUGGGAGAGAGUUUGGGACUCUGAUGAGACAAAGAAGAAAUCAGCCCAGGCGCGGGCCAAUCGGAUGAGCGAGCCGGCCGGAGCUGGCACUGGACCAGUUCGACAUACCGGAGGGUCGAUGUCUGCUUUAAAGCAUAAGGCGGUUUUGGCUAGGGAGCUGGGGCGCGAGCCGACACAUGCUGAGGUGCAUAAGCGGAUGCACACUCUGAAGGCUGACCCGACCCGAUUCGUGGAUGAGCGCGCGAGGAUUGCGGCUGAGCGUUUUGAGCAGGAGAUGUUGGCCGCUACACAGACAGCCGAGGGGAGUACAGCAUCUACCCCAGUGGAUCCGGACGAAGUUUAUCUUGCUGUUGAGGGGGUGAGGAAGCGGCGUAUCUACGGAUUAGGCUCAGUUGGUUCUGAGUACGUAGCCUCGCAGCGGGGUACUUCUAGUAGACGACCCGACAGCUCCUCUCAGACCAUGUCGCCAGCCGACGAUGCGAGGUUCCGCACUGAUCUCAUCGCUCAGUUUGCGGAUACGAUCCGUGAUCAGGUCCAGAUUGCGGUUGCAGCGGCGAUGCAGCAGCAGGCCCCGGGAGAUGUUUUACCCACUCCUCCACCACCGCCUCCACCACCGCCUCCACCGGCUACUGAUGACGUUGUCCCAGAUGACGACGUCACAGAUUUGUAG